CUGAUUGUGUUCACUGCUACAAAGAUCUAUUUUCUCGAGGGAUGGGUAGAAUUGUUUAAUUUAAUUGAAAUGAUCCAAAUAUGACAGAAGGUUUUCAUCAUGAGGACAGAAGUAAAUUUGAUUUGAAAUUUUAUUAGGUUGAGGCAGUGAGUCCAGUGUUUGAUGUUGGUUUCCUGUCACCAGGAGGACAGAUAAGGGGAUUCUGCACAUACCUGUUGGCCCUGCUGCAAGUGUAUAAAUGGCAACCUCGACCCUUGUAGCCAAACACACACACACACACUCACACACACACAGGUUGGCUCUCAAGAUGAGUCACGGUCAGCAUAGUGGUGAGAUACUAUGAGCGUGAUUAGUUUUCUAAACCUGAAGUGAAUCCUUUUUGCACGGAUUGAAUAGUUUUAACAUUCUCGAUGGACGCAGCACUCAUGGUGUCCAUCUCUCUGCUUGGACUGGCUCUUGUCCUGCUCUCCUUUCCUGAGCAUGCUUCACUAAACAAAGUAUAUUCCAACACCUCAGGAACUGUGUAUCCAGGAUCUGUAUUUGUGAAGGAGGCUCUUCAGAGGGCGCUUGAGCUGACUGAUGCUGCUUACGCCCGCACAAGUGAAAGGGUUAAGAAGUCUCAGUCUGAAGGCGCUCUAAGACCCAGCGACCUGCUGGCUCAGUUUAAACAGACUGAUGCCAGAACCAGGACUCAGAUCCAGGCUGCAGAACUGUUGGACAACACAGUGGAGCUGAUCAGAAAGAUGGUCUACACUAAUACUAUGGUUCAGCCCGACCCUCAGGAGCUGCUGAGUGAAGGAGACAUGAAGAAUCUGCUGCAGGUGACUGGCUGCUCCGCUGAGCUGCAGAGACCCAGCUGUGACACCGACUGUCUGUCUGAGCGCUACAGAUCCAUCACAGGAGAGUGCAACAACAGACAGAAUCCUAGAUGGGGGGCUGCAAACAUCCCGUAUUCCCGCUGGCUGCCUGCAGAGUACGAGGAUGUGUGGGGGAUGCCCAGAGGCUGGGACCCAGAGCACACCUACCAUAACGCCACUCUGCCUCCAGUGCGGCUGGUGUCCCAGGAAGUGCUGUUCACUCACAAUGACAACAUCUCUCUGGACUCCACUCUGUCCCACCUGCUAGUGGAGUGGGGUCAGUGGAUAGACCACGACGUGGUACUGACGCCUCAGAGCCCCAGUACAGCCGCCUUCAAGACAGGAGCUGACUGCACGCGCACCUGCAGCCGGGACACGCCCUGCUUCCCCAUACAGAUUCCUCUGUCAGAUCCUCGCAAUGGCUUCCAGAGUUGUAUGCCUUUCUUCCGCUCUGCUCCCAGCUGUGUUACUGGAGUCCGGUCUCAUCGCCAGCGAGAGCAGCUCAACGCCAUCACCUCCUUUGUAGAUGCCAGUAUGGUUUACGGCAGCUCCACCAAUCUGGCCUCGGAUCUGAGAAACCGCUCCUCUCCCCUGGGCUCAAUGGCCCUUAACUCCCAGCGCUCAGACCAGCAGCUGGCCUACAUGCCAUUCCUGCCACGCCUGCAGGCUCACCUGGACCCCUGCGGCCCCCGAAACGCCACCACCCUAGGGGCAUUAAAAAGAUCCAGGCGCCAGGAGAACGCCACAUCCUGCUUUCAAGCUGGUGAUUCAAGAGCUAAUGAGCAUCUGGGAAUGAUCGCGCUGCACACGCUCUUUCUGAGAGAGCACAACCGGCUGGUCAAAGAGAUGCACCUGCUCAACCCUCACUGGAGCCCUGACACACUUUAUCAGGAGGCCCGCAAGAUCAUGGGAGCCAUUCAUCAGAUCCUAACAUGGGAGCACUACCUGCCGCGGGUCCUCGGUGAGAGUGCCAUGUCUCGUCUGAUGCCUCCCUACGAGGGUUAUGAUCCCGAGGUGGAUCCUAGCAUCGCGAACGUCUUUGCAGCUGCCGCAUUUCGAUUUGCCCACGUCACCGUGCGGCCAGUGGUGACCAGGCUAGGGCCAGGAUACACCACCAACUCCCAGCAUCCUCCGCUGCCUCUGCAUCAUUCACUGUUUGCUUCUUGGAGGGUCGUGCAGGAAGGUGGUAUAGACCCUGUGCUGCGCGGCCUGUUGCUGUCUCCGGCCAAGCUGCAGACUCCAGGUCAGAUGAUGGUGGAGGAGCUGACAGAGAGGCUGUUUCAGGCACAAGGAGGGAUGCCUCUGGACCUCGGGGCCCUUAACCUCCAGAGGGGCCGGGAUCACGGCCUGCCUGGAUACGGCGCAUGGAGAAAGUCCUGCAGCCUCUCUGUUCCCAACACUACAUCAGAACUGGCCGUAAUUCUGAGUAACUUCACUUUGGCUCACAAAUUCCAGCUCCUGUAUGGGACGCCACACAACAUCGACGUGUGGGUGGGGGCCAUCUCUGAGCCCGCUCUCCCCGGAGGUCGAGUCGGACCACUGCUGUCCUGCCUGCUGGCGAAACAGUUCAGAGCGCUGAGAGACGGGGACAGGUUCUGGUGGGAGAGGGAAGGAGUGUUCACCAGCACCCAGAGGAGAAACCUCCACACAGUCUCUCUCUCCCGCAUCAUUUGUGACAACAGCCGCAUCACUCGCGUCCCCGCUGACCCGUUCUCACGCACCGAGAGGCCAGAGGACAUGCUGGCCUGUUCACACCCGCUCAUCCCCCACCUCGACCUCAGCCCAUGGAAAGAACCAGACACAGAUCCCAGCUGUGGUCCAAUACCCAGGAUUCAAUAUGGCUACUCCCUUCUCUGUGACUCUGUGAUUCUGUACCAGUGUCACUCUGGCUUCAAGCUGCUGGGAUCUUUAUCUGUCAGCUGUGAUCCAAACAGCCAGCAGUGGAGCCCCACACCCCCAACAUGUCAAGAUAUUAAUGAAUGUGAAGAACAAACUUCUCUCUGCCCACAAAACCUGGAGUGUCUCAACAUACUAGGUUCAUUUACUUGCUCAGAAACCACCUCGCUGUCUGUGGUCUCUGUCGUCACUGCAGUGAUGGUAGUGAUCGGUGGUGUGGCCGCGCUGCUGAUGAUCAUGUUCUGUUAUCGAAGAUAUUUUCCCAAGAAAGAAGAGUUAGUCAACGCUGGAUGUUGCCAGGGGAAAAGUUAAAAAGAGUUUGGUUGAAUUUUGUUAUAAUGUUCCUCUACAGAAUGUUAAAUGAAAAAUAUCUAACGGUCUUAAUUAUUUUAAAUUGCAAAUAUAUUGAUGUGUGGACUUUCUGUCUAUAGUAGUAGAAUAUUUUGUCUUGUUAAUUUAUAAUAGCCAAAUGGCACAAAAGCUGGACAAACGUUUUACAUUCAUAAGUAUCCCUGUUGUUGACCAUUCAGCAUGACGUGACAUGCUCACAUGAUCGCAUGUUGACUACACAUUAUGUGACUGACCAGUCCGAUGGUGCUCAUUUAUUACCUACAAGUCAAACUAUUGAUUUAAGGUUGUGAUCUGUAUGAUGAGACCAUGAAAACAGAAUAUCAAGCUUACAAAAAGUCCUUUCAAUCCGGAAACUAAAAUCUUACUGGAAUGUCUGAUAUAAAAACAGAUUUUCAUACCAUGAAGCCACUCUGAGCUGGAUAUCGUCUCAGUAUCCGUGUGCCUGAUUCCUGCUUACAAACCUGUUAGGUAACUGUGUGUUUCAUAGCGUUGUGUAUCGGGGUGACCGUUCCUGGCCAUGACCUUAAAGGAAUACGCCACCGUUUGUUGAAAUAGGACUUAUCACGGUCUACCCUGGCUGUAGAUAGGUGGGCCAAUACAUUUUUUGUCUCAGUGCAAGUAAUUAGGUUGUUUUUUGUCUUUUGUUGGCUCACUUUUACUCACAACAUGCUAACCGGCAACAUAGGAUUCCAUUCACUAUGCUAAGCUAACUAGCGGCGGUUCUGCCGGUGUUGCACUGGACUAAAACCAUGCAUGCACAAAAAAUGCGUUGGCCCACCUAUCUACAGCUAGGGGAGACCGUGAUAAGCCCUAUUUCAACAAAUGGUGGCGUAUCCCUUUAACCUAAAGCCAAAUCAAAUCAGUGUUGUGCCCUAAGAGAAAUAGGUCUCUGUGUUAUAAUGAAUUACAGUGAUGAGUCAUUCCCAAUCUCAAAUUUCAAAGAGCCAAUAUCUAAAUCAAACCAGCUGAUUCAUUUAUCUGCUAUCAGAUUUUGUUCAAACGACCUAUAAAUUAAACACAGUACAAAGGUGAUGUAGUGAGGCUACAAUGCCUCGACUUUAAUGGAGUGUUUUAAUGAUCAGUACACUGAGGUUAGGAACCUCAAAGCCCUAAAGAAGGGAUAAGAAGCAGUUAUUGCACUUUCAGACAAUAUUCUUCAUUUUUGCCUUCAACAGACAGUUUUCUGUCAAUGUGGCCAUAUAAUAAAUCGAUAUUCCGAAGUACAACCAAUAUACAUUGUAUAAUAUGGCUCUACUGCAUUCAUGGAAAGUCAUUUAUGGCUUUUACUGUAUGUGCACACUCUUCAUUGCAGACGUGUGAAACUACAGUUACAGUGCAUAUUGCAAUCACUUGUAUUAAAGCUUGUUCAUUUUCUGACUAUAUUGUAAAACUGUCACUAUUUUGAGCUUGGAGGUGUCAUGACAAUAUUUCUGAUUAUAAAGUACAGGUCAGGCUGA